ACCGCGCAACGAACGUGAUUGUUGGAAAUCUGAAGAAAAUAAGUAUUUUUCAUAAUUUUAUUAUCAUAUUCUUUCAUUAUAUAAAGAGUUUCAAUCAGCAGCAUUAAUUAACUCUAUAGUCCUUUGUUUGUAGAUAGAAAUAUGCUACAUUUUUUACGUAUUUUUUCGAGAUGCUAGCUUUUUCAAAUGGAGUACUAUUUCAUUAAUUUUCCGACAGUGCAAACCAGAUUUUUUCACUUUUUAAAGAGUUCUAAUUAUUAGCAGCGUUAAUUAUAAUUAUAUAUAUACAAACGAUAUGAUUAGAACUGUUUAAAAAAAUGAGAAGAUAUAUGGGUUAAACUAUAGGAAAAUUAUAGAAUAAUAAAAUAGAUCUUUGUUUUAUACACACACACAUACACACACAAAAUCGAGCAUCUCGAAGAUACAUGCAAAAUCUAACAUUAUACACUUUCAAUCAGAAGUAUCCAUACAAUUAUAAGAAAAGUUAAUUAACAUUCUGCUAAUUAAAACUUUAAAAAAUGGAAAAUCAUGAUAAUAUAAAAUUAUUAAAAAUAUUUACAUCUUUAAAUUCUUAACAAUACUUGAUCGAUGUGCGCGUGUGUGUGUAUAUAUAUAUAUAGAUUUAGUUACGUUAAUUCCUAUAAAAUCAUUGAUUUUUAAUAUUUCGCCAGUGAAUCAAAAGAUGGAUCCUCAAAUAAAAUUUGGAUAAUGAAGCAGUGCCUCAAAGAUAAUCAGUAAUGAACAACAUUGCAUCGAGGGUCACUUCGUGCGAUGUCAUGGAAUAAUCUUCAAGUGCUAUCGUGUAUGAGAGGACACUCCGAGUAUUCUUGCAGCUACAAUGUGCGGUGCAAACGGUAGUCGACACGUAAAAUGGUGGCAUCGCAAAACGAUGGUGGCAGAAGUUUGAGCGGCGGCGACACGGGCGGCGGCGGCGACGGCGGUGGCGAUGACACCGUUUACACGGUGGCCGUGAUGAGCGGCGGCGGUUACAGGAACGAGGGCUACAAGGACGACGGCGCCGACGGCAUACCACCGGAACCGCAGAAACCGCCGCAGCUACCAGCCGCGGACGAUGACACGCAGUCGCGGAAGUUCAAGAUAUCGCGUGGCGAGAAGUGGCGUAUCUUGAAGAACAUCGGCACCGUCUCGAUCGCCUUCAUGGUGCAGUUCACCGCGUUCCAGGGUACGGCGAAUCUGCAGUCGUCGAUCAAUGCCAGCGACGGCCUCGGCACCGUGUCGCUCUCGGCCAUCUACGCCGCCCUGGUGCUCUCGUGCAUUUUCGUGCCCACGUUCCUCAUCAAGAGGCUCACCGUCAAGUGGACUCUCUGCCUAUCUAUGCUCUGCUACGCGCCGUACAUCGGCUCGCAGUUCUACCCCAAAUUCUACACCCUGGUACCCGCUGGAGUGCUCCUCGGCCUCGGCGCAGCGCCGAUGUGGGCGGCCAAAGCCACGUAUCUCACGCAGGUUGGCGGGGUUUACGCCAAGAUCACCGACCAACCGAUCGACGCCAUCGUUGUACGGUUCUUCGGCUUCUUCUUCCUGGCGUGGCAGACUGCUGAGCUCUGGGGCAAUCUCAUUUCUUCUCUUGUGCUGAGCGAUGGGGGACACGGCGGCGGCGGAGGUGGCGGUAGCAACGGCACUACCAGCUGGGACAAAAUUAAAUUAUGCGGUGCGGAUUUCUGCGUCCUUGGCAACGGAGGCCACGAGAACCUGGAACGGCCGCCGGAGUCAGAGAUCUAUGAAAUCUCGUCGAUCUACCUCACGUGCGUCAUCGUUGCGGUAAUCAUCGUCGCUCUGUUCGUCGAUCCUCUUUCCAGAUAUGGUGAGAAGCAACGACGAGCGGAUAGUCAAGAAUUAAGCGGCAUUCAAUUGCUCUCUGCUACAGCUUACCAAUUAAAGAAGCUUUAUCAACAAUUACUGAUACCGAUCACGAUAUGGAUCGGUAUGGAACAGGCUUUCAUCGGCGCCGAUUUUACGCAGGCAUACAUCUCCUGCGCCCUGGGUGUCCACAGGGUCGGCUACGUCAUGAUCUGCUUCGGGGUGGUCAAUGCCGGAUGUUCGUUGUUGUUCGGCUCGAUAAUGAAAUUCGUCGGCAGACAACCGCUGAUGGCACUGGGUGCCAUCGUUCAUGCUUCUCUCAUAGUCGUUCUUCUCAUAUGGAAGCCUCAUCCUGAUAACCCUUAUGUCUUUUAUUCGGUCUCGGGUCUCUGGGGUGUGGGUGAUGCCGUAUGGCAGACGCAGGUCAACGGUCUCUAUGGCACGCUGUUCAGACGUAACAAGGAGGCGGCCUUCUCAAACUACAGGCUAUGGGAGAGCGCCGGUUUCGUGAUCGCCUACGCGUAUAGCACGCACCUCUGCGCCCGUAUGAAGCUGUAUGUGAUGCUGACGGUGCUGAUUAUCGGUACCAUAGGCUACAUUAUCGUCGAAUUGCUGCACAGGCGCAAGCAACGACGACUCAAAGCGAUCGCCGAAGACCCGAAGGCCGCCCAGAUCGAGGCGAAUCAACCGGAGGAGACUGACGACGAGAAGGACGACCUCGACGACGAGAUCACUAUCACCCAUCUGUGAAUGAUCUCCGCCGUCGACGUAAUCGUUCCUCAUUAAAAGGUCGUCUUAUCGACGGGAUAGUCGAGAUAGACGAUGGCCGGAAGACGACACUCGAUUGAUUUCGCGGAUAUCCCUUCUUCCGCUAUAUCUGAUGAAAUCAUACAUCAAUCCUCUCGCUUAUCAGAACCUUCGAACACCUCACAGAUAGAUCCGUGCCGUCGAUCGGUGCGCAAAAACCUCACGUACUUUUUUUCUAUUGACAAUAAAACGUCAAAGUCGAGAUGCAAUUUCAGAAGAACGGUGAGUAAGUAUGCGCACGCCUUCCAUGAUGAAGUGGAAAUGCCGAAUGUCGACUCCAUCUCACAGGACAUUUACCUUCAAGGAAAUGGUGCUAAAAGAAUGCAUGGUGACAUAGAAUUGGCUCUCGUGUUAGAUGGGACUUCCGUUACUAUUACUAGAAACUUUUCAAUUGACAUCGACGAUAAGGACCAUCUUGAUGAAUGUUCCCAUUCUAUGUCUUCAUCAUGAUUCAUAUAGAGCGAAAAAUGCAUUUUGUUAACGCCGGCGCCGGUACCGGUUUAAAUAAUCUAGUGAUCUUUGCACAUUAAUUAUAUGCGAAUUUUUUUAUUAUAAAUACUUCAUCGAGACUAUUUGUAAAGAUUACUAUAUUAUAUUUCGUGUCCCUAAAUGAGAAUGCAUGUGACAUAUGUGUAUAGUUUGUAAUUAAUGGAAAUUGGCGUGAGAUUGGACGAAAUUCGUCAUUUAUUCGAGGAAGAAUGCUCUACAUUCUCGCUCGAAUUUAUAAUACUCUAUUAUUUAAAAAAAGGACAAAUAAUUGUUAUAAGAAAAACAUUCUUAAUAAAGAAAGAUUGUUAUUGGUCACAUUGACAGUCGAAAUUCCUCGCAUUUUUCUUGAAAGAGAAACACGUGAGAUGUCAAUACGAGACAUUAAAAUAAUAUUUUUUUUAUCAGAUAGACGAAUUAAAAGGAAUGAGUAAAGUUUUAUUUUACGCGUAAUUAAAUUUAUAAUCUCAAAAUUCUAAAUUAUGAAUCGUUUAUAUAUAAAUAUUUUUUUCAAUGUUAUUUUCUCUCUUUCUUUCUUAUUCCGAUAUUUAAGUCACAUUACUAAAAACUCCACAGAAUAAAAACUCAAAUUUAUCGUUCGAUUUGCGACAAUUUUAUCCAGCACCAUUUUUAUUGGCCUUUAAAACAAGUGGAAAAACGCAAAAAAUAUCAAAAUAUAAGUUAUAACUAUUAUAAGCCACUUAAAUGCAAAUGCGCAUCACACUUUCCGUCCUAUCACAUUUUAUACAGUAGCUCAAGAGUCUACAAUGUAAACCUAGAAUACGGAUGCAAUCCUUUAGAGAGUGAAUCUGUUCUUACGAAAAAGUCGUUUGAUAGAAUGGUGAUUAUUUCUUAGAGUGAAAAUAAAAACGCGAAAUUAUAUAUAAAAAUAUAAAUUUAAUUUCUCGAUUAUUUUUAUACUCCGUACGAAAGAGAGAAUUAUAAGAAUAUGACGAAGCAUACGAAUUUUAUUGUUCGUGAAAGAAUAAUCAGUACGUGAGAAUAUUAAAAACUCGUCGCAUCUCUAUCUCAUCAGAGCAAAUUUUGCAAAAUUGCAAAUAUCUCUUAUGUAUAAAUACUCCGAUUAAUAUA